UUUUAUGAAAAUUGCCGUGUUUUUUUGGAAGUCAAGUCAACCGUUGACGACGUGGUCUUGAGGUUUUUACACAAUAAUAUCAUCAUCCCUCCACCAUAUAACAGUGUUUAUCUACCAAAGUCAUCAUGGGAGUCUGGCAGGAGGUGGCAACCGCCAAAUCAGAGAACCGGCAUGAGAUCAAGCUCGCUGGAGCCGCAAUAUCCAAGCGGAUAUCUGAAGAGGGCUUGGACAAGAGUGUCUUCCAGCUGACGAGCAUCAACUUGUUGAACAUCAGCGACACAUGUCUAACAGCCAUUCCCGAUGAGAUCAAGCAGCUGGUCAACCUACAAUCACUACUUUUGUUCGGGAACAAGAUACAAGAAUUCAAUGAAAACAUAACCUCUUUGCCCAAGUUGAAGGUGCUAGAUUUGUCCAGAAACCAGCUGAAGAGUGUGCCGGAGAGCCUGAACAAAAUGAAGGAGUUGACCAGCAUAAAUUUAAGCUCCAAUGAGAUUGAGAGCAUGCCAAAGUUUGUUGAUUUUCCUAAUCUAAUCAUAGUUGAUAUUUCAAACAAUAAAUUAUCAAGCUUCCUGGAUUUAGAAGGAGCUGUGUUCCCUCACUUAACUGACUUGAAGCUCAAGGGGAAUGUGAUAGAGUCUUUGCCUGGCUGUGUGGCCAGCAGUCUGCCAUCACUCAAGAACUUUGAUAUUGGAGACAACCAGUUGAAGACUGUUCCUGGAGAACUUGCAGCUAUGUCUAAAUUAAAAGAACUCAACCUAAAAGGCAACAAAUUGGCCGACAAGAGGCUCAUGAAGCUUGUGGACCAGUGCCGGACGAAGCAGGUUCUCGACUAUGUCAGAGAACACUGCCCCAAGUCUGACCAGAACCCGGCAGCAGGUGGUGGUGGCAAGAAGGGCAAAAAGGGACAGGCCAAAAAACAGGAGGAACCCACCGAGGAGGAAGUCAGUGACCUCUGCCACCUACUGAAGAUCCUCCACGUAGAAGAUGAAAGCAUAAAGGUGAAGAUCAAAGAGCCGAACCUAGCGGGCAUCAGGCCGUACAUCCUGUGCUGCAUUGUCAAGGACCUGAAGUUUGACGAAGUGAUGUUCAAGAAGUUCAUACAACUGCAGACCAAGCUCCAUGACACGGUGUGUGACAAGAGGAACGUGGCCACUAUUGCCACACAUGACUUAAGCAUAAUUGCUCCAGGUGACCUAGUCUACACCGCCAAGCCCCCGGCGCGGCUCAAGCUGGUCCCGCUGUCGCGGCUGAAGCCGUGCACCGGCGAGCAGCUGUUCCAGCAACUCACGGCCGAGGCGGAGGCGCUGCGCAAGGAGAAGAAGAGGAAUGUGUACUCGGGGAUACACAAAUACCUGUACCUGCUAGAAGGCAAACCGCGCUACCCGUGCCUCGAAGACGCCAGCGGCAAGGUCAUCAGCUUCCCGCCCAUCACCAACUCAGAUGAUACCAAGAUGUCGCCGGACACCACUGCCAUGCUGGUGGAGGUGACGUCGCACGCGUCGCUCGGCGCCUGCAAGACCGUGCUGGACAAGCUGCUGCACGAGCUGCUGCUGCUGGGAGCCGGGGCUGGUGAUGAUGGGGAGUACAACACGCUGACCGUGCAGCAGGUGAAAGUGGUGGACCCUGAAGGUAACCUGAAGGCGGUGUACCCGUCCCGUACAGACUGCGUGUUCGAGGGAGAGGCCAAUGUCAAGGUGCUGCGAAUGCCCAAGAAGUAAAUUCGACCGACCACAAAUACGAGGCCAAACAUUGGCUUAGCUAUUCCGAUCAUUACAAUACCUUGUUUCAUUGAUUACAUGAUACAGACAAACUGAGAUGACACGGUGUAGAUAUGCCAAUGUUAAGCCGGAUUUAUUGGUAUGGCUGUCAUAAUUAAGCUUCAAUUUCACAAUAGUCGGUUAGAUCGUAACCAGGGAAAGGUUGAUCAAUUAUACGUCAUGUGCAUAUUAAAUUCUUGACAGAUGUGUUAAAAGUCAACCACUAAUACCUGGUUAUGCUCUAACCGACUAUGGAGAAAUCGGCACUAAACUUCAGAGAUGCCAGACAACCAGUCACGAAUGGUUUUGCAGUGAGGCAGCUGAAGUGAUCUUUCUGUAAAAACACUUGUAUUUUUGUAUACUAGCCGUUACAUAAGGUAGCAAUUGAUUGCUGUAGUUGCUCUACCACUUAUUUAUUUUCACAUAAAAAAAUAUCUGUCGGUAAAAGCGUAUAAAAAAAAUUAUAGAGCUGUUGAGCAGUGAAACAUUACAAGUGUUCAACAUUUGUUGCCAUAUCGGUUGAUUGUAAACAUGAUACAUAAAUUAUACAUAAAAUACGAAAAUAU